UUGACAGUCUGCCGGGUAACUAGAUCUUGAUCCAAGAUGGCGGCGCAGAUGGCGGUAAAUUCAGGAGCCAGUUUGUGGGGGCCGCUGAAAGAGCUGUGGGAGACGGUGGAGGGUGCGGUAUGGCGGAGGCAGGCAGAGAGCGUCCACCUGCUGGGCCUCCAACUGAAGAAACACAAGCCCCACUUCCUGUCCCUCUUCAGGAACCCUCCAAAGAGUGCAGAGCAGAGGGAAAAGGUGCGAAAGGCCAGCUUGGAAGGCAUUUCCAUUCAGGGCCAGCAAGGGGCACGGCUGUUACCUGAGGCCCUGCUUACAGAAGCCUUCAUACUGAGCGACCUCUUUGAUAUGGGAGAGAUGGCAGCCGUGGAGCUGUUGCUAGCAGGAGAACACCAGCAGCCAUAUUUUCCUGGGCUGACGAGAGGGCUGGUGGCCGUGCUCCUGUACUGGGAUGGCAGGCGAUGUUUGGCCAAUUCUCUACACACACUUAUCCAGUCCCGACAAGGAAAAACCUUCACCCUUGAACUUAGCGGCGAGCUGGUGGCACUGACCACGCGCUUCACUGACGAGCUGAUGAGCCAGGGCCUGACGCCGCGCAUCCUGACGCUGGUGUCUGAGAUCAGCGUCACGCGGGAGUUUGAGCGCCUGCAGAAGCAGUGCGGCCUGGGCAAUGAGAAACACAGGAAGGAGGUGUCCGACCUCAUCAAGGAGUGCCGUCUCUCUCUUGCCGAGUGUCUGUUCUCCUGGACCUGCCAGUCGCCGCUGGGCAAGGACGACACCCUGGCCCUGAUUGGCUACCUAGAGACGGUGACAGCUGAGGGUGACGGCUCAUUGGACAGUGUCAACGUGGCUCUGGUCAUGGCGCUCUUGUACUGCCUUGAUGUCAGCUUUGUGGAGCAGGGAACAGAGGACAGAGAAGAUCUGCUGCAGGCCUUGCCCCUGCUGACGGAGAGGGACUACGUGUCUGCGGUCCACAGCCGGCUGAUGGAGAUGAAGCCCUGGAAGCUUCCGGGCCUGCAGGCGGUGGCGCGUCUGGCCUGGGCCCUGUCCCUGCGCGCCCUGUCCCAGCUGCCACAGGGAGCAGCGCUGGUGGAGUUCACCGAGGGGGACGAGACUCUGGCGGACCAGGCCCUGUUGGACAGCGUGUUCCUGUUUCUGACCGAGGGCGUGCUGAGCUGCGAGGCUUUCGUGCAGGAGGAGUUCUACGUCCGCCGCCUGCACUCCCUCAUCACAGACUUCCUCGCGCUCAUGCCCAUGAAGGUGAAGCAGCUACGGAACCGCGCAGACGAGGACGCCAGGCUCGUGCACAUGGCCCUGCAGAUGGGCUCUGAGCCCCCCACCUCCCUGCGCAGAGACCUGGACCACCUCAUGAUCCUGAUCGGAGAGUUCUACAGCAAAGACCCCUUCAGCCUGGAGCUGGCCUUGGAUUUCUGGUGCCCCUCUGAGUCUCUCCAGCACACCUCCCUCACAGGCUCCUACCUGGGCGUGGCCCUGCAGCGGCCCCCACACAAGCAGGUGGUGCUGUCCAAGUUUGUGCGACAGAUGGGUGACCCGCUGCCCCCCACCCUGUACAUCCCCUACCUGCGCAUGCUGAAGGGCCUGGCCACCGGUCCUCAGUGCGCCCAGUACUGCCUGUGUCUGCUGAGGGCCAACGGAGCCCCGCACAGAGAGAACCUGCAGGGAGCAGCAGCGAGUCCUGUGUCCUGGGAGCACUUUUUCCAGUCUCUCAUGCUUUACCACGAGAACCUGCGGAGAGAUCUACCGAACGCUGACACCGCGCAGUACCGCCACCCGCCACUGCGGGGCAUCACCCAGAGGGAGCUGGACGGCCUGACCGCCUUCCUGCAGCUGCUCACCACCAUCGUCACCUGGAGCGAGAGCGCGCGCCUGACCCUGUGCAAGCACCCCCAGUGGACGCCCGUGGUGGUGAUGCUGGGGCUGACUCAGUGCAGUAUCCCACCCGUCCUGAAGGGGGAGCUCCUCAACUGCCUGGCCGCCUUCGGCAAGUCGCCCGAAGUUGCUGCCUCUCUGUGGCAGUCGCUGGAGUACGCGCAGGUCCUCCAGACAGUACGAGCCCCAGGACAGAGAGCGGGUGCUGGGAUUGAGGUGGAGCUGAAUGAGAUCGAGUCCAGCUGUGAGGAGUACCCUCUGACCCGCGCCUUCUGUCACCUGAUCAGCACGCUGGUGGAGAGGGCGCUGCCCGUGAACCUGGGGGUGGGGCUGCGUGCGCCCGGACUGCAGCCCUACCUGGACUUCCUGCGCGACAGCGUCUUCCUGCCCUUCCCCACGCGGGCGUACCGCCAUGCGGCGGAAAAGUGGGAGGUGGCGGAGGCGGUGCUGGAUGUCUUCCACAAGCUGCUUCAGGACUACAAGCCCCAGCCUGCAGACUUCCUGUCCGAGACCGUGGUGCUGCAGGGAGAGCAGAUCCCCGCCCACAAGCCCCCUGGAUACAGCCUCAUGUUCCACCUGCUCAACGACUCGCCCAUGCUGGGCCUGUGUCUCCGCCUGCUGGAGGAGGGGCUGUCCCUCCUGGACGCCUACGCCCCCUUCCCUGGUCAGAAGCAGCUGGAGCAGGCCGUGCUGCACUGCCUCGGCCUGCUGGACCUGGCCCUGCAGAAGCAGGUGGUGUACAUGGACCUGCUGAGGGAGAGCCAGGCCACUCUGCUGGCGUCCCCCCUGGAGCAGCUCCUGCAGGGCAUCAGUGCGCGCAGUCGCCGGGCAGAUCACAUCGUCAACAUCGCCAGGUACCUCUACCACAGUAGUUCCAUCCCAGAGGCUGGACUCCUGAGUGCCAAAAUCCUGUGCCACAUUGCCCGCUACCCCAACAUCCAGUCCCGGCUGGUGGGGGACUUCACACAUGACCAGGUCGUGAGUGACAAACUGAUGGCGGGAUUUGUGGAGUGUCUGGACAACGAGGAGGCAGAGGAAGAUGCUGAGAAGGACGAAGAUUCCGACUCGGAGAAGGGAGUGGCACAGAUCCGCCAUGAGACCAAAAUCCACAUUCUGAACCUGCUCAUCACAUCCCUGGAGCUGAAGAGCCCCAACCUGGCCCUCUACCUGCUGGGCUAUGAGCUCAAGAAACCCGUCUCCACCACCAACCUGCAGGACGCAGGAGUGCUGGGGUGUCCGCGGAGCUGCCUGCACGCCAUCCUGAGCCUGCUGCAGAGGGGCAGUGAGAAGCGCUCAGGGCCUGUCCUCACCAUGCAGGCCCCGCACCUGGCCGAGCUCUGCUACCAGGUGAUCUACCAGCUGUGCGCGUGUCCAGACACUUCGGGCCCCACCAUGCGCUACCUGAGGACCAGCCAGGACUUCCUGUACUCUCACCUGCAGCACCUUCCCUUCAUCCUGCCAGACGCCAAAAUCGCAGCGCUGUCUCAGAUGUCCUGGCUGAUGAAGACGGCCGCCAUCGAGCUGCGGCUGACAUCGCUGAACCGCCAGCGCUCCCACACCCAGCGACUGCUGAGCCUGCUGCUGGACGACCAGCCGCACACGCAGCGCGCCGAUGGAGAAAUGGGGAUGGAGGAGGAGACUCGAUCGGUCAGCGGAUUCCUUCAUUUUGACACUGCUUCUAAAGUGCGAAGGAAACUCCUCAGUAUCCUGGACGCCAUUGACUUCAGUCAGAAAGUUCCAGAACUGCUGCAGCUUGACUUCUUCGAGCGCACUCAAAUAGAGCAAGUCAUCUCCAACUGCGAGCACGUGGACAAGCACGGACACACCGUUUGCAAUGUGAAGCUACUGCACCGAGUCCUAGUUGCAGAAGUCAACGCUCUCCAGGGAAGAGCAGCCAUUGGUCAGCGGCCCUUGCUGAUGGAGGAGGUGAACUCCAUUCUGCAGCAGGUGGUGGAGAGGAACCACGUGCGCCACAGCCUGAGCGCCAAGCGCCACGCCCUGCAGGCCUGGCGGGAGCUGGUGGAGACGCUGUUCACCGCCUGCCCCUUCGACCUCGUCCCCACAGACGAGCGCCAGCUCAUCAUCCGAGACCUGCUCCUGGACCUCCACGACAAGGUGCUGUCGGAGGACGCUGCAGUGGAGCUCAUGCCGGUGGCGGCUGGAGCCGUCUUCACCCUCACGGCGAACCUCAGCCACUCUGUGAUGUCAGAGCAGCAGCAGGGCCUGGGGAUGGAGGGCGGGGCCUCGUCCGGGUUCGCCUCCAUAGCCAAUUCCGCCCUGCACCUGAUACUGCGCAAGCUUCUGGACUUCAUCCUCUGCACAGGUGGAGGGUUUCAGCGUCUGCGUGCUCACCUGUAUGGCUCCCUGCUCUACUAUCUGCAGAUUGCUCAGAAGCCAGAGGAGCCAGACACACUGCAGACAGAUGGGAAGUCUAUGUGGGAGAGGCUGACCGCUCCUGAGGACGGCUUCUCCAAACUGCAGAGGGAGAACCUGUCCAUCAUCGAGAGCUACGGCACUGCGCUCAUGGAGGUGGUGUGCAGGGACGCGUGCGACGGACACGAGAUCGGCAGGAUGCUGGCCCUGGCGGUGCUGAACCGGAUCCUGGCCAUUGACAGGCAGCGGCAGUGGCUGCUGUUUGUGUGUAACAGCGGGUACCUGCGUGUGCUGGUGGAGAGCCUCCGUCAGGAUGACCUCGCCCUCCAGGUUCUGCUCACCCCCCAGCCCCCUUUGCUCAAGCCCCUCUACGUCUACGAGUCCAAGAUGGCGCUGCUGAUGCGGGUGGCGAUGACGGGGCAGGGGGCGGUGGAGCUGCUCCGCUGUGGGCUGGUGGGCCAGCUGGUGGAGUGCCAGGUGUUCGACAUGCUGCCCGAGAGCGACUCGCACAGAGUGUUUGGUCAGCGAGACCCUUCCGGGUUCAUCCCCAGCCCCCUCGAUCUCUACAGGCAGAUUCUUCUGCCAGCUCUGAGGCUUCUCCAGGUCAUACUCACUUCCACUCAGCACCAGCAGGGGGCAGCACAGGUAUUGCAGUGGUUGAUUGCGCAUUCAGACACAAUCCAGUCCAUCCUGCGCUGCCAGGAGCUGAGCAUGGGGGCGCUGCAGGAGCUCUCCAUGCUGACGGGCAUCAUCAGCAAGACCGCCCUGCCAGGGGUCCUGAAGAUGGAUCAGGAUAUAAACAGCUCUGCUUUAAUGGAGUUCCAGGGUCACAUUGGGAGAUUCCAGCGACAGUGCCUGUCUCUGCUCGGCCGGCUGGCGGGCAGUGAGCGCGUGCGGAUCCUGAAGAUGGUGGAGGAGGGCGUGGCCCCGGGGGAGCCGGCCGACCGGCGGGAGGAGAUGGAGCUGGCCGCUCAGCAGAUCUGUGCCAAUGUGAUGGAGUACUGCCAGACGCUGCUGCUGCAGAGCUCGGCCAAGGCCCAGUUCAGCGUCUGCCUCUUCAGCCCCUCUGCCAGUGAGCCGGCCGUCAGAGACGCCUCCCGCGCAGACCUGCCCGUGCCGCUGGCCUCCCGCGUGCCCACGCUGGGCCUGGUGCUCUUCCUGCUGAAGAACGCCACCGCCGACUUCUUCCGCUUCCACCAGAGCCACCAGCAGAGCCUGGGCAAGCUGCAGGGCCUGGAGAACCUGCCCCCGGAGGAGCUCAAAGAGCUGUGCCAGGCACUGGCGUACGGGUCAGGAGGGGUGGACAAAAUCCCCCCUGUCCAGCGGAGUGUUCUGGCCAAGCGUCGCCUGGUCCAGCUCAUCAACAACCGGGCCAAGCUUCUGGCUCUCAGCUCCUACGUCAUUGAGACCUGUCUGUUCGUGCUGUGGCGCCACCUGGAGUACUACCUGCUGUACUGCACCCCCAGCGACCCCAAGGACUCCCUACUACCAAGCUCUAACUCCUUUGGGAUGCUGCAGAGUGGCGGGGGGCGCAGUUUGGGUCUGUCUCAUGUCAGCAGGCAGGACCUGGAGCAGCUCCAGAGCGACGUGGCCUGCAGCUUCGGGGACUCCCUGCAGAGGAAGCUGCUGGAGGUGGAGGUGGUGUACAGUCAGGCGCGCUCGCGCUACACCUUCAUACAGGUGCUGGUCCGCAGGAUCCGCGGCCUGCUCUGCCGGCCCAAGAGUUAACCCCCCCCCCCCCGGCCCGCCCUAAAGCCCUGCGCACCUCCGCACAGGAAGAGGACGCACCUGAGGGGAAGGGGUGGGGGGGGCGGGGAACAACUGCCCUGCUCCCCACAUGUAAGACCCAGGCCCACCCCUGUCCUGUAGGAUAAAACCAGCCUCUGAAUGAACUGUCCUCUUUGCCUCAGGAACGCUGGUCACUCUUCUCUGUACUCCUUUUACACGUAAUCGGCUCAUGCGCUGCUGUUUUCCUAGCACACUCGAUGAAAUUUACUAUUGUAUAAGGCGUUCUGGAUUAUAUUUUUUGUUAUUUCUGAGUUUUUUUUUUUUCUUUUCUUUUUUGUCUUUUUUAUUGUGAAAAUUAAAAUUUUGUAAAUCCCUAUUCUCUGACUUAUGUGCGAGAAGUUUCCAGUUUGAUUUGCGUGUUGGUGUUUCGAAUUUGUGAAUGGACGUUUUUGUCUUAUGUUACUGGAUAAAUUAGGUCAUGAGUAAAGUCAGGCAUCGUUGAGAUGCUAGCAUCAGAUGUAGCUGCAGAUCUGAUGUACUUAAAUCUUGACAUCUUGUCUGCUUGGCAGAAACAAUCCUUUUCAUUCUUAUCCACACUGAUUCUUUGGACACAAAGGUCUAAUUUAAAGACAGAAGUGUGCACUGAUACACAAGAACAGUCUCCACCCAAAACACACAAGUCACAGUUGCUCAGGUUCAGCACAGUCCACAUGCCAAAAAUCUGCCAAAUCCUCUUGUGAGCACUAAAAAACAAGGGAGUAUUCCUGACCUUUCUGAAGGAUAACUGAACACAAGAAAAAUCAUCCUGCUCAUGAAAACAUACUCACAAUUCUGUGUAACAGCCUACUGGGAAAUAAGAAAACAUUGUUAAGCAGGAUACAGACCAACUUCAAUAUUGUAAGGUGAUGUUUAUACAAAAUGAAGAAAAACCAAGGACCACUUGGUUUUGAGCAAACUCAAUAAAAACAAUUGAAUGUCAAA